UGAUCCUUCAUUUCAUAUGAACAUCUUUAACUUGCGCCCUUUUCACCAACUAAAAAAUGAACAUGAUGUCGAUGAGACAGAAUUACUCGAUGUUGUUGGUCAGGUUGUGACCUAUGAAGAUGUUAAGACCUACAAUCAGGGAGACGACCAAAGUUUUCUUAUUAAUGUUGUACUCGAAGAUGAUCAGAGGAACAGGAUUAUGGCAACAUUAUGGAGCGAACUUGUGGAUCAAAUUCAACAUCACUUGAAUGAAUCUGCCGAUGAGCCUUUGAUUGUUGUUUUCCAGCAUAUGAAACCUCAAAAAUAUCGAGGUAAUUACUCAGUGCGUAGCUGUUGGUAUCAGACAAAGAUAUGGAUAAAUUCUACGUUGCCGCAGUCUAUUGAAUUUAAAUCCAGAUUACUUGCAGCACGUCAAUCAAACAUUGAGCGAAUCACUCGAACAAGUUCUCAACAAAGUUACUCUGUUACAGAUGAGUUAGACAAAGGAAUUGUACUGUUUAAAACUAUUAGGGAUUUAGUUCAGUGCACGCAAGAAUCCAGCUAUUGGAUUGCGGCAAAAUUGGUUAAUUUGGAACUUGACCGGGGAUGGUCAUACUUGGCAUGCAACAAGUGUAGUCGAAAGGUGGAAAAAGUUGAAAAUAAAUACUUUUGUGCCAAAUGCAAUGAAGAAGAGUCUUUUGUUACUCACAG